AUGUUAAAUCGAAGACACGCCCAUAUUUAUAGGUACUUCAAUCCUGCUCGGGGACGUUGUGAGUUAUUUUAUUGGUCAGGAUGUUGCGGAAAUGGAAACAACUUUCAGACGUUUCAAAGCUGUCAAUCAGCUUGUGAAGGUACGCAUUCAAAAGUUUAUCAAGACGUUCCCACUCAAAUAUCACUCGCUGAGAGCAGUUGUGCCUGCUGUUUGAAGCCGUUCUCUGUCGGCUAUGGCUACUUUCUUAUUCCCCGAUACUAUUUCGACGUUCUUUCACAACAAUGUCGACCGUUUCUCUAUCGUGGGACGGGUGGCUUUGGCAAUGUGUUCGAAACGGAGCAGAAAUGUUUGGCACAGUGCCAACGGGGAACAGUUGCAGUGGACCCAUGUACUCUGGACAAGGAGUCCGGCGUCGGUUCAGUUCAAAUAGUUCGAUUCUAUUUCAAUAAACGUCUGAAACUGUGUGAAGAAUUCGUCUAUUUCGGAGCCGGUGGUAAUCGCAACAACUUCCUUACCCUGGAAGAAUGUCAAGCGAAAUGUCCAGAGUCCCCAAAUCCAUGUGCAGUGACCGUAUCCAUUCCGGGAGGUCAGUGUACUCCUGGAGUAAGCUCUUGCGGAGGUGGAAGUUUCUGCCACGUAGGAGCCAAUGCUCAAACCACCACCUGCUGCCCUAAACCAGGUGGUACUUCAAUCCACUCACUCAGCAAUGUCAACCGUGCAUAUAUCGUGGUCUACAGGGUAACGAGAACAAUUUCCUCAGCAAACAGGAUUGUGAAAAUUCUGAAUGCGUGCAAAAUCGGCUCACCAUAUCGUUCUCAAGGAGUGAUCGUUCAGUGCUCAGCCACAAAUCCUACCGUAUGCCCGGCUGGACACUAUUGUCAUGUCGGAGCCGACACUACAACUAGUGUUUGUUGUCAGGCGCUUGGAAACAACCCAUGUGCUGAGCCGUGGACCAAAGGAGAAGGAAAUUCGGCGCUGACUCGUUUCUAUUAUGAUGCAGUCCAGAGGAAGUGUCUCGCCUUCAACUACUUGGGAUUGAAAGGCAACCAAAACAACUUCCUAACAAAAGAAGCUUGUGAGGCUCUCUGUCCCGUAUGGGUAAACCCUUGUGCCGUCGGUCAGCCAAUUCUGACCCCUGAUCAACGUCCUUUCCACUGCAAUCAGAAUGCUCCAUGUUCCUCCGGGUAUUAUUGCCAUAUUGGCUUCGAUGAGUCGACUACUGUCUGUUGUCAGUCCGAAGGUGAUCCAUGUAGCCUGAUAGUAAAAGAAGGCCAUGGUUCUUCAAGCUUGAAUCGUUGGUUCUACAACCAUCAGACGAGACAGUGCCAACCGUUCACCUACCGUGGUCUGGGCGGUAAUGAAAACAACUUCCUGUUGCGAGAACAUUGCGAAGUAACUUGUCCGGUUUGGGUAAAUGCCUGCCCGAAGGGAGACGCAUACCUGCUUCCCAAUGGACGGCCACAACACUGCAAUCCGACGAUGGAAGACUCCUGUCCACAGACGCAUUGGUGCCAUCCUGGUCCUGAUGAAGCCACUACUAUGUGUUGCCCAGGACGAACUGAUCCAUGCAUGAGUGCCAAGACCGAGGGCGAAGGUCCUCUGCAGCUGAUUAGGUACUAUUUCGAUGCUCCUAAGAGACAAUGUCUCCAGUUCACUUUCCGUGGUAUCCGAGGCAGUCCGAAUAAUUUCUUGACAAAGGAAAGUUGUGAAGCACGAUGUCCAGUUCAAAUAAAUCCGUGCCCUCUGACGCUCAACUCGCUCAAAUUUGCGGUUACGCUGACCACAUGCUCCAAGGAUUUGCUUUGUCCCGAUAAGCAUUGGUGUCAUAUUGGAGAAACGAAAGAGACGACCGUGUGCUGCCCAAGCGUGCUUCCCGAUCCAUGUAUGGCACCGGCUCGUAAUCCGGGUGAAGGGACAUAUCAUGCUACUCGAUGGGCAUUCGACGGUGCUACACGCAAGUGUGUUCCCUUCGAAUAUCGUGGCUUACGGGGUAAUGCCAACAAUUUUAUCAGCCGAGAGGCUUGUGAGCGGCAAUGCCCAGUUUUUGAAAAUCCAUGCAAACUCUCCGAGCCGUACUCCGUUUUCAACAAGUACUAUACAUGUGGUUCAACAAAUACUUGCCCAUCGCAACAUUACUGCCAUAUUGGCGUCGACACCAACUAUUGCUGCCCGGUAUUGAGUGGCGACCCAUGCAGUCAACCCAUGGAUCGAGGAGUUGGUAUGGCACAGUUACAGCGAUGGUAUUGGAAUGCUCAAUCGCAGACGUGUGUGCAGUUCAGCGUCGAAUUCGUAAUGAUCCUUCAAGGUGGCGACCCAUGCAGUCAACCUAUGGACCGAGGAGUUGGUAUGGCACAGUUACAGCGAUGGUACUGGAAUGCUCAAUCGCAGACGUGUGUGCAGUUCAGUUAUUGCGGAAUGAAAGGCACACAGAACAAUUUCCUAAGUAAACAGGAUUGUGAGCGAACAUGUUACGUGCUUGAUAACCCGUGUGCUCUCGGUCCGCCUCAGAUGGGCCUGGACAACCGCCCGAUAACCUGCUCAGUCGGCAUGAACACCUGUGGAGCCAGUUUCUGGUGCCAUUUCGGUGCUAACCAGCAGACGACAGUAUGUUGCCCUGGGCGAGUGGAAGGGCAGGCGGUCUGUAAGCAGCCCCUGGCUCUCGGAACCGGCGAUGCAGCACUUCCACGAUGGUACUACGAUGCAUCCACUAUGCGUUGUGUUCAAUUCUUCUACAGAGGACGUUACGGAAAUCAAAAUAACUUCCUCAGUCAACAUGAUUGUGAACAAACAUGUCCUGUUUAUGUCAACGUCUGCCCAGUGGGCAGUCCUCUGUUGGACUCAUCAAAUCAUCCAGUUCCGUGCACAUUUGGUGCAAAUUCGUGCGGCGCCGACCAUUGGUGUCAUCUGGGUCUAGUCCCGGACGAAUACCAAUGCUGUCCGGGUGAGCCAACAGUCCCGGGAGCAUGUCAAGGAAUGCCUGAAGAACACGGCGAACUCGGUGCACCAGCUCCACCGACGACACGAUACUUUUACGAUCCGGCCGAAAUGGUAUGCAAACCGUUCAUCUACAAUGGCCGUAAAGGAAAUCAGAACAACUUCCUUACGCUCGAGGACUGUGAACAAACUUGUAAUGUGUUUGUGAACCCGUGCAACAAGCCGAUAUCUCUUCCGCCUCAGCUCUGCAACCCUGGUGGCCCAGAUAUGUGCGGGCCAAACGCUUGGUGCCAUGUUGGUGCUUCGCCGGACACCACCCUUUGCUGCCCGAGCGAAGGUGAUCCCUGUUCGUUGCCUUUGUUGCUAGGUGAGGGCAAUCAGUUCAUGGAUCGAUGGUACUACAACCAACAAAGUGGAUCCUGCCAGCCAUUCACGUAUGGUGGACUUCAUGGAAAUCAGAACAAUUUCCUUACGAAAGAGGUGACACCUAAUAAAAUCCGCCAUGAAAUCCGCCGACAGAAAAACGACUUUCAGGCUUGUGAUGAACGAUGCGGACCGAAUCCCUGUUUCGAGGGUCGGCCGUUUGUCGGUGUAGACGGCCGUCCACAAACAUGCUCCAUCUCAGCGAACUUGAAUACCUGCCCAGCAAACUAUUGGUGCCAUAUUGGUGUCGAUAUGAGCACGACUGUUUGUUGCCCAGGAGCAUCCAUAAAUGUCUGCAACUUACCCAUGUCAACUGGUGAAGGAAAUUACAAUUUGGAACGUUACUACUUUGACCAGUCCACGAAAACUUGCCGUCCAUUUAUCUACAAUGGCUUGAAAGGAAAUCAAAACAAUUUCAUCACAUUGAGAGCUUGCCAGCUUUCUUGUCAACCUCUGGACAAUCCUUGCAUCGGUCAACCGGCUACCACGGCUGCUGGACAGGUUCUGUUCUGCUCAUCAACCAACAAAGAUACUUGCCCAGUGAACUUCUGGUGUCAUCUCGGUGCUACACCUGAAACUACAGUAUGCUGCCCCGGAGCGACAAAUCCUUGCUCGGUUCCAUUGGCGCCUGGCACUGGCAAUGCAGGAUUAGCUCGAUGGUAUUAUAAUCCAGAUGAUAGGCAAUGUUUCCCAUUCCAAUAUAAUGGCAAGCGAGGUAAUCAGAAUAACUUCGAAACCCAAGCCGAGUGUGAACGAACCUGUCCAGUAUUUGUGAAUCCAUGCUUGGGUGACGUACACAUCGAUGAGAACCGAGUUCCUACUGUGUGCAAUCCGAUGGGCAAAGAACAAUGUCCAACAGGAUAUUUCUGUCUUCCUGGGGAUCCUGCCACGAAGAAUUCCAGCUAUUGUUGCUCUCGGAUAAAUCAGGAACCAUGUGAUUCAUCAUGGAGUGAAGGAGAAGGUGAUGACUCGCUGGAUCGAUUCUACUAUAACCCUAUAGAAGGCGAUUGUUAUCCUUUCAAAUACAAAGGCAGAAAAGGAAACGAAAACAAUUUCCUUACGAAGAAGUUGUGCCAGGAAAAAUGCAAACCAAUCACUACGGUCUGCUUCGGUGGCGAACUUCCGCUUAUGUCACCAAGUGGACGAGUUGUCCAGUGCUACAAUGAGCCCUGUCCUGAUAAUUAUUACUGUCAUCAUGGCAAGGAUAUCAAAUCAACUGUCUGCUGUGAGAAAAGAGGUUCCCCAUGUGAUCAGCAGCUUAUGCUGGGUGUAGGCGAUGCCUCCCUUCCAAGAUUCUACUAUGAUCUUCUGGAAGACACCUGCUUACCUUUCAACUAUACCGGC